GCCUCCCGUCCUCGCUCGUGACUCUUCUGCCGAGCUUCUCUUGUCUCGUCCUCCCCCUUUCUUUCUUUUACCAUCUCAUUCCCUCCCAACACCUUCCAUACUCCCACAGAAUCAUCAUCAUGGCCGUUCUCAGCAGAUUGGCCCUCACGGCCUCGUUCGCCCUCUGCGGCGUUUCGGCAGCCGGCAUCCAGCAGCAGCCGCUCACGGCUCCGGAGUCGCUGCCCCCUUCACACGAGGCCGUCGCCGACUACAGCUCCAAGCCGCUGAUCGACUCCGAGGCCCUGCAGAGCGCCAUCAGCAUUGACACACUCGUGAAGCGUGCCGAGAGCUUCUACAAGUUCGCAAAGGCCUCUGAGGAGGAAUACGGCCAUCCGACCCGAGUCAUUGGCAGUGCCGGCCACGAGGCGACGCUCAACUACAUCACAAACACGCUGCUCGACCACGGCGACUACUACAAUGUCUCUGUCCAGGAAUUCCCCGUCACGCUGUCCAACGUCUUCCAGUACCGCCUGGUCUUGGCCGAUGAGGUUUCCAAGUCUGCCAUCCCCAUGGGACUGACGCCGCCCACGAAGGACAAGGAGCCAGUCCACGGUGACCUGGUGCUCGUCAAGAACAGCGGAUGCGACGCGUCCGACUACCCCCAGAAUGUCAAGGGUAACAUUGCCUUCAUCCGCCGUGGAACCUGCUCUUUUGGUGACAAGUCUAUCGGUGCCGGCAAGGCUGGCGCCAAGGCCGCCGUCAUCUACAACACCGACGCAGAGGAGCUCCAUGGAACGCUCGGACUGCCCGUGGAGGACCACAUCGCCACCUUUGGCAUUGACGGCGUCGAGGGCAAGAAGAUUCUCGCCAAGCUUAACGACGGCGACGCUGUCGAUGCCAUUGCCUACAUUGAUGCCGAGGUCAAGCAGAUCCAGACUGUCAAUGUCCUGGCCCAGACGGAAGAGGGAGACCCCGACAACUGCGUUAUGCUUGGCGGUCACAGCGAUGGUGUUGCCGAGGGUCCCGGCAUCAACGACGACGGAUCCGGCAGCAUGUCUGUUCUGGAGGUUGCCGUCCAGCUGACCAAGUUCAAGGUCAACAACUGUGUCCGCUUCGCCUGGUGGGCUGCCGAGGAGGAGGGCCUUUUGGGAUCCGACUUUUACGCCGCCAGCCUGUCCGAUGAGGAGAACCAGAAGAUCCGUCUCUUCAUGGACUACGACAUGAUGGCCAGCCCCAACUUUGCCUACCAGAUCUACAACGCAACCAACGCCGAAAGCCCCGCCGGUUCCGAGGAGCUGAGGAACCUCUAUGUGGACUGGUACGAGUCCCAGGGCCUCAACUACACCUUCAUUCCCUUUGACGGCCGCAGCGACUAUGACGGUUUCAUCCGCGCUGGCAUUCCCGCCGGUGGCAUUGCUACCGGUGCCGAGGCUGUCAAGACCAAGGAGGAGGCUGAGAUGUUCGGCGGACGCGCCGGCGAGUGGUUGGACCCGUGCUACCACCAGCUGUGCGAUGACCUCGGCAACCUGAACCACACUGCCUGGGAGGUCAACACCAAG